CGUUCGCRUCCCACAUCCAARUAUCGGAUUAAAAAUGAAACUUUCAACAUCUCUUCUAAGAUGAACAACACAAGUGAUAUUAUGAUAUUAUGCCAUCUUCCGUAUGGCAUGGCACUCUCGAUGCUGGUGAUCAACAUCAUUGUGAGCCUUCUUGGAACGAUAGRCAACCUUCUUGUGUGCUUUGCGGUCCUGACGACUUCACAACUGCAAAGGAUUUCAAAUUACUUUAUUUGCUGUCUUGCUGUAGCUGACUUAACCAUAACAGCGGCAGGCCAGCCUUUGUUAGCUGUGAUGUUAUGGGGMAAAAUGAAUGGAGACUGUUUCCCUAAUGUCGAACUGGCAUUCCGUUUUAUAGGAAAUGUCUCGUGCGCAGCUUCACUUUUAACUCUUUGCUUUAUAAGCAUAGAUAGAUGYGUUUCUAUUGUAAAGCCCUUCAGCUAUCCGACGAUUAUAACUUAUGUGAAAUUUUUGCUCAUGGUUAUUGCGGCUUGGCUGUCUUCGGUCGUUUACACAGUCAUAAGAAUCUAUGUGAGCAAGAAAAUUACAUCUUACAUAACAGUGGGAAUGUUUACAGCUGGGUACGCCAUUUUUGCGACAUGUUACGUACUUAUAAUCUUCAAAAUAAGAAAACAGGCUCAAGAGAGGGCAAAUWUAGCGSCUGGAAAUCAAAGCAGAGCUKCGMAAGCUUCGCAAGCUUUGGAAARAAGACUUGCCGUAACAGUAGCCCUCAUCAUACUUGUGUUUAGCGUGGCAUGGACACCUCUGUUUUAUCUCAGAGUCACUUCACCUAAAAAGAACUUUGGAUUGCUGUAUGAUUGGGCUCGAACUCUCGCUUUAAGCUCUUCAGCUAUAAACCCAGUACUUUACUGUAUGAGGAAUGAAGAAUUCAGAAAAGCGUUUGCAAAACUAGUUCGACUUAUAAUAUGCUGUCGAAAAAGUAGCGUUCACGUUUUAUCAUCAGGAACGAAUACAAACCCGACAUCUCGCACUGUACCUAGUCAGUUAUAAUAAGACUGUGAAACUAAGUUUGAAACCUUUUAUUUGUGUGUUUAUACUGGCGUAAAACAAGAUUAAACAAUUAAUUACAUCAAGAA